GGGGGGGGUGAGGCAGACGGGGAAGGGAGGGAGCGAAGAGCCGCGGGCCCGCCUCGGCUGUACAAAAGUGUUUUGGGUGAGGAGGACAGAACAAGACCCGGCUCCACAAACCGUGACGAAGCCCCAGGGUAGUAAACGUUCCCGUAGAUCUCGCAGGUAGAAGAAGAGGGGCUCCGGGGGACUCACGGAGCAGGCCCCGGUCGGCGCUUGGACUACAUUUCCCAGCAGCCUCCACACCGAGGGUCGGCCCUUUGCCGGGGGUCGUGGGGGGGAUGCUCGCAGAAAGGCGGCCGUUUCGGCAGGGACGGGAGACCAGAGUCGGCAGGCAUGACGGGAGAGGGACGUCCCAAUGGUGCUAGAACGGUGCUGCAGUGGCGGAAGACGGCUCGAGAGUGAGAUCUGCAAGAACGACAGGGAAGACAUCCAUCAUUUGCUCCAAAGUGUGCAAGUCAGAUCCUGGGCAAAACAUGAUAACCCUGAUCACUGAGCAGCUGCAGAAGCAGACCCUGGAUGAGCUGAAAUGCACACGCUUCAGCAUCAGUCUGCCUUUGCCUGAUCAUGCAGACAUAUCCAACUGUGGGAACCCUUUCCAGCUUGUGUCUGAAGGUGCUCCCUGGAGGGGCCUGCCCCACUGCUCCUGUGCCGAGUUCCAGGACAGCCUCAACUUCAGCUACCAUCCCUCAGGCCUGAGCCUGCACCUCAGACCACCCAGUCGGGGAACGUCCCCGCAGGAGCAGCCCCUCUCCCCAGUACUAAGGCCUGAACCCCCAGACCCAGAGAAGCUUCCUGUGCCCCCCGCCCCUCCAUCCAAGAGGCACUGCCGCUCCCUCUCGGUGCCUGUGGACCUGUCUCGCUGGCAGCCAGUGUGGCGGCCCGCCCCCUCCAAGCUGUGGACUCCCAUCAAGCACCGGGGCAGUGCUGGAGGGGGUGGGUCGCAGGUGCCUCACCAGAGCCCCCCGAAGCGGGUCUCCAGCCUCAGGUUCCUCCAAGCUCCCAGUGCCUCUUCUCAAUGUGCCCCAGCCCACAGACCCUACAGCCCUCCCUUCUUCAGCCUGGCCCUGGCCCAAGAGUCCUCUCAACCCUGCGCCGCCUCCCCUCAGAAUGGUUCUUGGGAGAGUGAUGCUGAGUCCCUGUCACCCUGCCCACCCCAGCGCCGCUUCUCCCUGUCACCCAGCCUGGGCCCACAAGCGAGCCGCUUCCUGCCCUCUGCUCGGAGUUCCCCUGCAUCUUCCCCAGAGCUGCCCUGGAGACCUCGAGGUCUCCGCAACCUUCCCCGAAGCCGCUCGCAGCCUUGUGACCUGGAUGCCCGCAAAACUGGGGUCAAGCGGCGCCAUGAAGAGGACUCCCGGCGCCUACGGCCUUCCUUGGACUUUGACAAGAUGAAUCAGAAACCAUACUCAGGAGGUCUCUGUCUCCAAGAAACAGCUCGAGAAGGCAGCAGCAUCUCUCCACCGUGGUUCAUGGCCUGUAGCCCCCCACCCCUCUCUGCUUCCUGCAGUCCUGUUGAGGGCUCAUCCCAUGUGCUGAGUGAGAGCGAGGAGGAAGAAGAGGGGGCCGUGCGGUGGGGGCGGCAGGCUCUAAACAAGCGGACACUGUGCCAGCAGGACUUUGGGGACCUGGACCUGAACCUGAUUGAGGAGAACUAAGGCUGAGAGGGUGCUUCCUGGGGCCACACAGACUGACUGUCUAAUGGCUGCUAACGUGUCAAGGCCCCAAGGCUGAGGGCCCAGCCUGGGAAAGGGGGUGAGUGGAGGGCUCCGACUCAGGGCAGCCGAAGUCUUCUCGCUCCAGCAAGCUCGACCAUGCCAAGAGACUGGCCGGGACAAGAUAAACAGAGCUGGUGACGGGAGGGCAGCCCCAGAGCAGACCCUCCCCGUGGCGGCCCUGAGUGUGAGUAUCCCUGCCACCGAGAGCAAUGGGCAGGGAAGGAAGGGGUCUGCUGACCCCAGCUCGGGGAAUCUCACUAGCCCCUUUGCUGCAAAGGGCACUUGUGUCUUAGAGUUUGGCCAGGGUGGGGGCGUUCAGUCAGCCUCCUUGGAGAAGUUGUGUGAGUGUGUGUGUGCAUGGGCGUGUACUUGAGGAAAGGUGUGUUUGUGUAGCCUUAGGGAAGGAAGGCAGUUGCUCCUUUAACAGCAGAGCAUCAGGAUGCCCCCAGAAUUUUUUGUUGUUGUUCUUUUUUUAAAAUAUGGCGUUGGGCUUGUUCAAGGUGUCAAGAGCAGAGGGGGUUUUUUUUUUUUUUUUUUUGGUCUUACUAGCUGUGGAGCCAGCUCUUAAGGUCACAGUGUCACUUGCUCUGCAGAUGGCUCUUGUGACCUCAGUCCCACCCUCUCCCACUAGAUAAAUCUAGUAUUGAGGGCUUGUAGGGAGGUCACAUUCAUUGUGUUGAUCAGAUUUUCUAAGCUGUACACAGCCUGCCUCUCCCUCGUUUUCUGAGUCGGUGCAAGCAUGGGCAGCUGAGCCAGAGCUGAGGGUUCUCUCUUCUUCACCCAGGGAUGCUUUCAUGUUCUGAUCUUUCAAGUCGGAGACAAAGUUGAUCCCCAGAAUAUGUUGAUGCAGACCUGUAGCUGGAGCAGUGACAUUUAGUCCCCAGAAGGCCUUGAGCCCACCCCAGCACUGCCUUUUUGAAGCUGAUUGUAGGGAAACUUACUCUUGCGAGAUCUAGGCCCAGGCUCUUUCUGAUCUGUGAGAAAGAGGAAGGGCAUUCAGCAUUUAAUAGUUUGCUUGUCUUCCACUCUUGCCAGGAAAUGUUUAUUUGCCUCUAAUUGGCCCUGAGAGACCGCAGAGAGGAUUGGCUGGGGCUCCCUGAGGGACUGCAGAGAGGAUUGGCUGGGGCUCACUGAGGGACCGGCUGGGGUGUAAAGCAAAGGCUAUGAGAAGCAGCUGGGGGUUGGUUGUUGUUGGAUUGAAUUUCCUUCUGUGUUUUACCCACAAUUCAGCCAGUGCAACAGGUCCCGAUGGUAACGGACUUAAAGAUUGCCGAUACCUUGGUAGGGUUGGCACUAGUGUCACGCGUAUAGAAGCCUGGGACUUUGUUUAGAGCACCCUGCAUAACGGGAAUUGGGCCUACCCUUCCAGUUUAUGAUAGUAAGGUCAUCUAUCUGCUCAAUUUCCAGAGUGUCUUCAGGGGAGGUAGCCAUGUCUUCUUGCGCCUGUGGCCCUCAGAGGUUCUACUUUUCCAGGGCUCCUCCCUAUCUCCUGGCUAGUUACCACAUGUUACCACUGGGCUACCAGUCUCUAAGGGCCUACGAGAGGCUCUCUUGAGAAUCCAGGGAAACUGAGCCCAGGAGUUAUCUAUCCUCGGUUCAUCCUUCCCUGGUUCUCCCUCUCUGGGCCAUAAUUUCCCUGGUGCCAGCUUCUUUUCCACCUGGGGCAUCCUCACCCCUGGGCGCUCUGCUGCAGAUGGCAGUGCCAGCCUCCGGUAGGUCACUGGCAGUGCCAAUGGGGUCUGCAAGCCCUAAGUUUAAGUGAAGGCAGUGGUUCUGCCUCCAUCCUGGCUUUUCCACCCUUAGGGAAGGAGGCCCACAGUUGUCAUAUUUUAAUUCCAUUCCUUUAAGUCUGGAAUGUUAAACUAGGCAGAACUAUCAUCUUGCUUCCCAGUUUAAAUGCCUCUGGCCCUGGAACAAGCCUUUUCAAGACGUGAAUCAUUUUGCUUACACAAUAGAUCUGUUCCAACAGUUCUGUGUAAACCAAACGCUAUUUUUUAAUGCAUUUGGACUGCUGGCCAUUUAAAAGCAGUCUAUGAUUGCUUCUUUUGUAAAGCGAGCAACCUCCCUCUACUUUAACUGGUUUCGUUGUCUGGGUUUUCACUUUUGGGCUUUCCCAGAGUGGAGCACACCUAGGGGCUUGUGGCUGGUGCUGUGUCGAUGUCUGCAUCUGCUGUGUGUGUGGUGUGGCUGGCCACUAGGUGAGUAUUACUGCGUGUGAGUGAGGCCACUCCCAGGCUGAUGCUCUCCUCCUGUGCCCGGUGACUGCCCGGUGGCAGCCCUAGCUGCCCUUCAUUCCCUCCUGCUGCCAAAGUCCCUGUGCUAAUGGGAUUACAGAAACAAAAAGUGGAAAAAAUUUUCGUAAACUUUGUUUUAUAUUAAAAAAUUCCAUAAGUCUGUGUGUGUUAAAACAUGAGGUUCUGCCUCUGUGGCUGUGUUUGAAAAAAAUAAAGUUUUAUUAGAAUAAUCCAUUUUCCCAAGCAA